AUGCCGGCCACUGCGGGAGGCGCAGCGGGCAACGAGCAGGCGUCCGAGGGCGGGCUGCCUGCUGAGGAGCAGGCGGCAGGAGCGCUGGUGGCGGGUGUGAUCGACAACAGAGCGGGGGAGGUCGGGCUGGCGGUGCUGGACGCCGACGGCGGCACGUUGCUGCUCGCGCAGCACGUGGAGACGACACGCACAUUUGCCCGCACGCUGGACCUGCUGGCGCAGCACAACCCCGAGCGCCUUCUCGUCGUGGCCGAGGCUCAGGAGACGGGCGUGGCGGUGCCGCGGGGUGCCUGGGACGACAGCGCCGGCCUUGUGGCGCUGACCAAGUAUGCCAAUGCCGAGGCGCGGGCCGUGCUGGAGGCAGGCAUGCUGCAGUCAAGCGCAAACUGCUACCUGGCUUACGCCGCGGCAGGCGCGUUGCUCAAGUACCUGGAGCAAGACGCUGUGGGCUUGGUGCCUCUGGCGGGCAGCCUUGCGGUGUGGCAUGCCGACAGCGACACACACAUGCACAUCGACCAGGCCACGGCGGCAGCCCUGGAGCUGAUCCACCCCAUCCGAGUGGGCACCUGCUCCGCCAAGCUCAGCGGCAUGAGCCUGUUGAGGGUGCUGGACCGCACCAAGACCAAGUGCGGAGCCCGCCUGCUGCGCGCCAGCCUGCUGCAGCCGCUGCGAGACAUCGCCACGCUGAGCCUGCGGUAUGAUGCGGUGGAGGAGCUGGGGCGGGAUGAUGAGCUGGCGUUCAAUGUGUCCACCUGCCUGGCGGCGCUGCCCAAGGACCUGGACAGGAUGUGCGGCAGCUUGAGCCUGCGCCCCGCCAAGACCCAGGCGGGCACGCUGCGGCGCAUCGCCGCCAUGAUUCAGAGCUUCAUCCUGCUGCACGAGGCGCUGGCGGUGCUGCCCCCGCUGGCCGAGGCCCUGGCCGCCGCGCGGUGCGAGCUGCUGCGCGCGGUGGGCGCCGCCUGCGGGCACGCCGCCUUUGGGGAGCUGCGCGGCGAGCUGCAGGCGGUGCUGGAGGAGGAUGUGCGGUCGGCCAAGAGCGCCUUCCUCAACAGAACGCAGCAGUGCUUUGCUGUGAAGAACGGCGUGGAUGGCUUCCUGGAUGUGGCACGCCAGACCUUCUGCCGAGUCACGGAGCAGGUGCAUGAGCUGGCCAACAGCCUGCGGGAGCAGCACAGGCUGCCAGGCAUGCGGGUGCACUACACAGCCAAGAGGGGCUUCUGCUUCAUCCUGGGGGCCGCCGGCGACGGCGGCGCUCCCGGCGGCGGCGGCCGCAGCGGGCGAGGAGGCGUCCGCGCCAGGCAGAAGCACCCGCGUGACCUUGAGGAUGGCGAGGAGGAGCAGGAGGUCCAUGAGCUGCCGCAGCUGACUGCCGGCACGAGCACCGGCGGCCGCGGUGACGGCGGCGGGGGCGGGCGCGCCAGGCAGCGGCAGGCGGGGGGCGGGCGGGUGCGGGUGCCACCUGGCUUUUCGGUGCUGCAGCACAGCGGGCGCACCGCCCAGGUGACCACCGGCGAGCUCAACGCCCUGAACGCACGCCUGCGGGACGCCAGCAACGACUGCAUGGUGCUGACGGAGCAGGUGCUGGAGGGCGUGUCGGACAAGGUGGCGUCUGCCUACCUGCCGCUGCUGCACCGCCUGGUGGAUGGCGUGGCGCUGCUGGACAUGCUGGCAGGGUUCAGCCUGGUGGCCAGCGGGGACCCUGCGGGCCGCCAGUACGUGCGGCCGGUGCUGACAGAGGCGGGGCCGCUGGCGCUGGUGGAGGCGCGGCAUCCGGUGCUGGAGUGCCUGGAGGGCGGCGGCGGGAGCGGUGGGGGGUACCCCUACCAGCCCAACGACACUUACCUGGCGCUGAAUUCCUCCUUCCACAUCAUCACAGGCGAGCUGAGGCAGCGCUUGGGCGGCGGGAUGGGCCCUAACAUGAGCGGCAAGAGCACCUACCUGCGCCAGGUGGCGCUGUGCGUGGUCAUGGCCCAAGUGGGCGCCUUUGUGCCCGCCUCCUUCGCCUCCCUGGCACCCCGCGACCGCCUGCUGUCCCGCGUCGGCGCGGGGGACAGCCUGGAGACCUGCUCCUCCUCCUUCAUGGUGGAGAUGCAGGAGGUGGCGCACAUCCUGGCCCACGCCACCCCCCGCAGCCUGGUGCUGGUGGACGAGCUGGGGCGCGCCACCUCCACCGCAGAUGGCGUGGCCCUGGCCUGGGCCGUGGGCGAGCAGCUGGUGUCGCGGGGCGCGCCCACCCUGUUUGCCACCCACUUCCACCAGCUGACCGACCUGGCGGUGGUGUACCCGGCAGCCACGGCCUGGCACUUUGGCGUGGAUGCCUCCAGGCACAGGCUGGACUUCUCGUGGCGCCUGCGGGCGGGGGGCAGCGAGGAGGCGGGGCACUACGGCCUGCUGCUGGCGCGCGCUGUGGGCUUCCCGCCAGAGGUGCUGCAGGUGGCGGAGGAGGUGGUGGCAGCCCUGGAUGAGAGCGAGGGGCAGCGCAUCCGAGCCUACGGCACCGCCGACGCCGCCCAGCUGGCUGCUGUGUAUGAUGUGGUGCACAAGCUGGCGCUGGUGGCGCAGAGCUUUGCGGCAGGGGGCAGCCAGGAUGUGCGGGGCCUGCAGAAGCAGCUGCGCCGCCUCAAGUCGGAGGCCCGGGAGGCGCUGGCCGAUCCACCGGGCCUGCUGGCGCUGUGA